UCUUGGUUUUCUGUGACCUUUUUCUCCAGCAAAAUAACAUUGAUCCUUUGAUUUCUUUCCUUAGCAAGGUCCGCCAGGAGAACCUGGACCACGGGGGCCCCCAGGUCCGCCAGGAAUGCCAGGCGCUGACGGCAUUGAUGGUGAUAAAGGCCCACCGGGGGCAGCAGGGAGCCCUGGGGUCAAAGGACAACCUGGCCUUCCAGGUCCAGACGGCUCUCCGGGUAAACCUGGGAUUGAUGGCCUAACAGGAGCAAAAGGGGAACCAGGACCGGCUGGGAGAUCUGGCCUCAAAGGCCAACCUGGGCUUCCAGGACCUCCAGGGCUCCCGGGACCCAGACUGAAAGGAUCCCCUGGUCCUCCAGGCGAAGUCGGACUCCCUGGAGAAAUGGGAGCUUUGGGACCCAAGGGGAGACGUGGACCAGAUGGGUCACAAGGGCCUCCAGGGCCUCCUGGGAAGCCUGGUCCUGUUGGGCGCAUCCAUGGAAUUGAAGGCAGUGCAGAUUUCGUGUGUCCAACCAACUGCCCAGCUGGACCCAAAGGCCCUCAGGGAUUACACGGCUUGAAGGGACACAGAGGCCGCCCUGGAGUCCUGGGGGAGCCUGGCAGGCAGGGCAAGCCGGGUCCAAAGGGUAAUGUGGGACCAUCUGGAGAACAAGGCAUUCCCGGCCCUCCCGGCCCCCAAGGUCUCAGGGGAUAUCCUGGAAUGGAGGGCCCUAAAGGAGAGAUGGGUCCCCAUGGUUACAAAGGCAUGAUUGGAACCAUCGGAGCUGCAGGGCCGCCGGGUGAAGAAGGUCCCAGGGGACCUCCAGGACAGGCUGGCGAGAAGGGAGACCUUGGUGCUCGUGGUUUCAGCGGCCCUCAGGGAGGAAUGGGGCCGAAGGGGGGACGGGGUCUUCCUGGGAUUGAUGGUAAAGAUGGCACUCCGGGCAUUCCUGGGGUGAAGGGAAGUGCAGGGCUACCAGGUCUUCCAGGCCCCCCCGGCCACCGGGGAUUAGCAGGCUUGCCAGGAACGCCUGGAACCAAAGGUGGCCCAGGACAGAAGGGUGAACCAGGUGGUCGUGGCCCGCCAGGUUCAUCGGGGUCACCUGGGAAAUUUGGUGAGCCAGGACCGCAAGGAGAAGUGGGGCCGCCUGGGAUCGCUGGUGUGAAAGGAGAUCGGGGUGAAAGGGGCCCAGUGGGUCCUCCAGGACUCCAAGGGACAGUGGGCCCCAAAGGGGAGCAGGGCCCUCCAGGAAUUCCAGGCCCACAAGGUCUCCCUGGAGUCAAGGGUGACAAGGGCUUCCCAGGAAAAAUUGGGCCCAAAGGUGAUAUUGGAGAUCCCGGUGUUGAAGGCCUUCCUGGAGAGAAGGGGGAGAAAGGUGAAUCUGGUGAGCCAGGACCCAAGGGACAGCAAGGUGUCCGUGGGGAGCCUGGUUUUCCUGGACCAACUGGGGAUGGAGGAGCACCUGGCAUCAGAGGUUUCCCAGGACCUCCUGGCCCUCGAGGACUAGGCGGGGAGCGUGGCGUGCCUGGAAUGCCUGGACCUCAAGGCGCUCCAGGCAGGGACACAGGAGAUCAGCACAUUGUUGAUGUGGUCUUAAAAAUGUUGCAAGAACAACUGGCUGAGUUAGCCGUGAGUGCUGGAAGAGCUGUCAUAGGUGGGGCAGGGGUGAUGGGACCCCCUGGACCUCCAGGACCACCUGGGCCGCCCGGUCACCAAGGGCCACAUGGACCUUCGGGCCCUCGUGGCAUCCCAGGAAUCAUAGGAGCCAUCGGACAAAUUGGCAACGCUGGACUCAAAGGAAAGAGGGGCGAGAAAGGGGAGCAGGGGGAGCCCGGCCGUGGGCAUCAAGGAAUGCCGGGGCCACCAGGAAUACCAGGUCUGCCUGGACAGGCUGGACAAGCUACCAAUGGCAAAGAUGGAGAGCGAGGAACUCCAGGCGUAGCAGGAGAAGCUGGGCGACCCGGCUUGCCUGGUCGUCCUGGCCUUCCUGGUUUCUGCGAGGCAGCCCUCUGCCUGGGAGCUUCUGCCUAUGCUUCAGCGCGCCUGACUGAACCAGGCUCUGUCAAAGGGCCUGCAUACUGAAUGGGAUCGGGGGAAAGUUCUGUUGCAAGCUUGACUUCAUCAAGUUGGCAAAAACUCCACCUCUGGCAUUAAGGGACCAAACACACCAGGACUCUAGGGAUCAAAGAGAUGGGGAACCGCCGAUGAAAAGCUCUUUUGGGACGAGGAGGUGCUUGGGCAUCAAUCCAUCCAUUUGUGCUUUGCUGGUGAAAAGGCAACACUUGGCCACUGCGAAUAGCCUCAAUGGAGGUGAGUUAAAAGACACCAGUGGAGAAUCGCAGAGAUGCGAAACGUGUCUUUAAUAUCUUGGAUCUGAAUUGUGCCCGAAACCGUCUCAUUAAGUGACCGCUGCUCUUUUAAAUAUGUACUGGGAAUGGCUGACUCCCAUCUCACUGCCGUGAUGAAAAAAGUGUGUGUUUUGCCUAGGCAGAUAUUGCCAAUGGUUCAAAAAGCGGGGGGGGGGAUUUUGUCUUGGGCCUCAAUCACGUUAUUAUUUGUGGUUGCUGUAGAGCAGCCUUCCCAGCCUCGUGCCCUCCAGAAGUUUUAGAUUACAACUCCCAUCAGCCAGGUCAUCUGAUGAGAGUUGUAGUCCAAAACAUCUGGACGGCACCAGGCUGGGGUAGGCAGAUGAAGAGCCACACCCAGGGACUUCUUUCUGUUGUCAUUGGGUUAUGGGUUCGUGUUUAGUACCUCCAUGAGGGGGGAAAUCGGAGUUACUGCAUGAAAGAUAUUAUUUGAAAAGUAGUGUGCAAUUUUCCAAAAUGUGAUCUGAUAUAUAUAUAUAUUUCCACUUGAGCUUUGUUUCUCCUAUGUGCCUUGCCCUGUGAACACAGCAUAGCAAAAUUUGAAAUCAGAAGACUAUUUUAAGAACAAUCCUAUUAUCCCUUGAUAACAUUAAUUAUUUCAGUGAUUCACUGGCCCCUUCUCCUCUUUCAACCCCUUUUCUAUUAAAUGUCUAACCUGUUAACUUUUAAAAAAUGUUAUAUUGUGUUUGUGUGGAAGGAUUGAUCUACCCAGAUUUGUCCUGAUUACUUUUUGCAUCAUCACCAUAAUUUUUGUUCUUUUUAUAUAAAAAAAAUGGUUGGCGAUUUAAAUGAGUCACCCCGAGUCAUCUCCUCAAAGCUGUAAAUCUUUGUAAAAUAAGGUUAUUUUAUAAGUAUUAAUUAAAAAGCAUUAUUUUUUCCUCUACAAAAAAUAGCUAGUCAGACAAUAAAAUGAAGAAUGAAUGUCAAUGAACUUAAUUGAUGCGUCUGCUUCUCUGGGUUUAAUAGACUUGUAAAAAUUUGUUUUUCAUUAGCGUGUGUUUCAAUAAUUAUAUUUUUUGUGUGGUAAUUAAUC